AUGGCUUUCCGAUUAGACGAAAAUCAUUCCAAACAGGUUAACCUAAAGUUCUUGGAUUACCGAAAUUUGCAAAUUCAAAGGAAAGAAGAAUUAAAUUCUAUUUUAUGGAAAGUUCCCGAACUUCAUCUGAGGAAAGAGAGAGUUUCGGAGUCAGAUAUUAUAAUUUUGAAAUACGUAAAGGUUAAAGAGUCUUUCCAAGAUAAAAACUGCUACAACUACCUGGAGCCCAUCCCCUCUUCCAUGCGCGAGGUGAAUCUGCACGAGCUUAAACAAGUAGAUAUUGACUGGAGAAUGAUGACGUUGUUACGUCCAGUUAACAAAUUCGAGGAGGAAAUUUUCACUAGGUUUGUUCAGUUAGAUAGGCUCAAGAUGAAAACAAUGACGAAAGAUGGCGUGGACGUCAGAAAGAGAAGUACGAGAAAUGACCGGAUGAUGCUUAGGCCUACCGACAAUAAGUCUAAAGUACCCUUAGGAAGGUAUUCAAGAAGGCACAGAUCGAUCUUGGAGGACUCUGGUGACGAUGGGAAGCCCGAGGAGUUCAGUUACGAAUAUUUUGUACGACAGUUUGUUUCCGAGGAGCCCUCUGAAUCCACUGACAUUUCCCGCCUUAUGGCCCUUUCAAUGAACUUAUCAGAUUCCGCCAAACCCGAGAAGAAAGGAAACAACAUUGGUGUAACAACCCGACGUUCCAAACUGGGCCGGAAACGCGAGAAAGAUAAACUAAACUCCAAAUGUGGCAAAAAUAUGAAAAGUAGUGAAUCCGAUUGCUCCCCUCCCCCUAUCGUCACGAAACCUAAACUAAAGCGAAAAAAGAAGACGAGCAAAUUGUUGAGAAAAACAAAAAACAAAACGGAAGUUGUGGUUCCAUCUGAAGGGAAUACGAAAAACAGUAGCCAAAAAUGUGAAAAAGAUAUUACAGACAAUACAAAAGCAGUAAAGCAUAUUUAAACCUCACUACAAGAAUACUUAUCGUAUAAAUUAUGGUAAACUUUCAGGUAUUUGCGGGCUUGUAUUCCAUUUUAAAAGACAGCUUUUAAUAAAUUUUUUUGAUAAGACAAGAAUCCAUCUGGUGAAUAAAAAAAAAAAAAUAUUGUUUCGUUUGAGAGAACCUUCCACCAAUCAUUUCGAACAUAAACACAAUACUCUUAAAAAUAUCGGUCAUGUCCUUAGUGAUUAGCGUGCUGGACUAUGGAUGGAGGGGUCCAGAGUUCGCGUCCUUUGAACGCAUUUUAUUUAAAUCACGCUCCCCACUUUGAGGCCUUGAGGGUAUUAUACAAGUGACGAUUGAGUCUCCUCAUUCGACUAAAGUAGCCUAAGAAUUGAUAAGCUGCCUUUCCCCGAGUCUAUAAUUUCAGUAUUACGGGCAGCCAGCGCAGAUAGCCCUUUUGUAACUUUGCUCAAAUAACCGAAAAGAAGAAGAAAAAAAAAACGUGAUUUAAUACCGUUCACUUCCGAGGGGGGGUCGACAUAUUGCAAAAUGCGAAUAAUUUUAUGUUUUCGUCUGAUACACCACUCCGGGUAGAAAACGGAUAAAAAACAAAGCUUUUUGCCAAAUACAUGGGGGACCUUAGCAGAAAUUAGUGAGAUUAAUUGCAAUAUUGAUGAUAUUUUAUAUACAUUUCGUGUGUUUUAUUAGCAACUCAAUCAACAGAAAAGUAAUGGACCCACAAGUAAUUUAGUACUUACAAAAAUGUAGACAAAAUGUGUUUAAAAACACAUUGAGUCUAUGUGUACCUCAUCGAUAAUUCUAGGGUUAAUAGAAAAGCAGGUCGGGUGAAGGAACUGAUGACGAUAUGUAACUGAAGAGUCAAAAUUCGCUAGACAUCCUUGUUUAAUAUGAUAAGUGGUUGUGAGAACUGAGCUUGGUUCGUUUUAUAGACCAGUACGAUUACACAUCAUUACGGUCCUUACAGAUCAGUGUUUGGUCUGUCUAUACAUAAUUACUGUCCUUAUAGAUCAGUGUGUUUAUACAUCAUUACGGUCCUUACACAUCAGUGUUUGGUCUGUCUAUACAUAAUUACUGUCCCUAUAGAUCAGUGUGUUUAUACAUCAUUACAACCUUACAGAUCAGCGUGUUUAUACAUCAUUACAGCCCUUACAGAUCAGUGUGUGUAUACAUCAUUACAGCCCUUACAGAUCAGUGUGUGUAUACAUCAUUACAGCCCUUACAGAUCAGUGUGUGUAUACAUCAUUACAGCCCUUACAGAUCAGUGUGUGUAUACAUCAUUACAGCCCUUACAGAUCAGUGUGUUUAUACAUCAUUACAGCCCUUACAAAUCAGCGUGUUUACACCUCAUUACAGCCCUUACAGAUCAGUGUGUGGUAUGUUUAUACACCACACUGAUCUGUAACGACUGUCAUGACGUAUAAACACAUUGAUCUAUAGGGACUGUAAUGAUGUAUACACACCCUGAUCUGUAAGGGCUGUAAUGAUGUAUACACACACUGAUCUGUAAGGGCUGUAAUGAUGUAUAGACAUAGCACACACUGAUCUAUAAGGACUGUAAUGAUAUAUAAACGUACCACACACCGAUCUAUAAGGACUGUAAUGAUAUAUAAAUGUACCACACACCGAUCUAUAAGGACGGUAAUGAUGUAUAAAUGUACCACACACCGAUCUAUAAGGACUGUAAUGAUGUAUAAAUGUAUGUAUGUAUAAACCCUUACAUAUCAGCGUGUUUAUACAUCAUUACAGUCCUUACAUAUCAGUGUGUUUAUACAUCAUUACUGUCCUUAUAGAUCAGUGUGUUUAUACAUCAUUACUGUCCUUAUAGAUCAGUGUGUUUAUACAUCAUUACAACCUUACAGAUCAGUGUGUUUAUACAUCAUUACAGUCCUUAUAGAUCAGUGUGUUUACACAUCAUUACAGUCCUUAUAUAUCAGUGUGUUUAUACAUCAUUAGUCCUUACAGAUCAGUGUGUUUAUACAUCAUUACAGUCUUUAUAGAUCAGUGUGUUUAUACAUCAUUACAGCCCUUACAGAUCAGUGUGUGGUACGUUUAUACAUCAUU